CGAGGGUAGAUGGGUGCAGAGCUGGGGAGGGGGGACUGCCUAAGGAAUAAAAAGGGAUCUUUAAUUUUUCUUUUUUCCCUCCUCAUCUAUUUUUCUCCUUUCACGCCUGUUUUUCUGCCUUUUAUUUUCUCAAGCGUUUUUGGACCGAAUUCUCUUCAGAUCGUCUGGGCUUGCUUUUUAAAGGUUGUUUUUGGCGAUUUUUUUUUCUUUUUAGUUUUACAAGUUUUUUUUUGUUUGUUUGUUUUUUCCUACGUGAAUUUUGGGGGGAGAAAAACUAGCGUCAAGCCAAGUGGUUGAGGCGUUCUGCAGGGGGGUGGGCAGGAAAAGUUUCCUUUGUUCCCAACAAGUUACUCUAUUACUAAAGGCCGGCGGCUAAAGAGAGAACGGGUCGGUGCGCGCGCGCCUGGAGCACAGCCUUCCACCUUCGCCUCCUCCCCGUGCCGCCUGGGCUACGGGAGGCCGGGGCCUUGCCCCCUGCGGCUCUUCCGAGGCGGCGCGGGCUGUGAGCGCGCCACCGCGCCCCUCCGUUCUCCAAGGCGGCAGGGCCCGCCUUCGGUCGGCCCGCCGCUCCGCGCGAGGAGGGGCGGCCCGAAGCUCCUCGAGCCCCGGUCUGGGUUGAGAGGCUCUCGCCUCCGCUCUCCCCCUCCGUCGGAGCUGCACGGAGACGCCUUCCGGCGGUCCCCUCCGACGGUUGCCAUGGUGUCGCGGCCCGGCGUGCUGUGGGCAGUGGCGGCGGCGGCGCUGGCGCUGGUGGGCCGGCGGGCGCUGCCGGCGCCGGUGGUCCGCUGCGAGCCCUGCGACGCGCGGGCGCUGCAGCAGUGCAAGCCGCUGCAGCCCGACUGUGCCGAGCGGGUGCGGGAGCCGGGAUGCGGCUGCUGCCUCACCUGCGCUCUGCGCGUGGGGCAGCCCUGCGGCAUCUACACCGAGCGCUGCGGCGCCGGCCUCAACUGCCAGCCGCGGCAAGAGGAGGCGCGGCCGCUGCAGGCUCUGCUGGAGGGCCGCGGGCUCUGCACCAACGCCACGGCGGGAGACAAGCUGCGGGCCUUCCUGCUGCCGGGGCCGCACGCCGCAGGAAAUUCCAGUGAUUCAGAAGAAGACAGGAGUACCAGUAGCUUAGAAAAUCAGGCCAUCCCAAACUUGCACAGAGUGCCAGAUUCAAAUUUGCCUCCACAGCACAUCAGAAUAGAUAUCAUCAGGAAAGAGCAAGCCAAAAAUACACAGCGUUAUAAAGUGGAAUAUGAUUCACAGAGUACAGAUACGCUGAAUUUCUCUUCGGAAUCCAAGCAAGAAACUGAAUACGGUCCCUGUCGUAGAGAAAUGGAAGACACUUUAAACCACCUGAAGAUCCUGAAUGUCUUGAGUCCUAGGGGUUUCCAUAUUCCAAAUUGUGACAAGAAGGGAUUCUACAAGAAAAAGCAAUGUCGUCCAUCCAAAGGCCGAAAAAGAGGUUAUUGCUGGUGUGUGGAUAAAUAUGGACAACCGCUUCCUGGAUAUGAUGGCAAGGGAAAAGGAGACGUCCACUGCUAUAACUUGGAAAGCAAGUGAGGGCUGAAUGCCAGCUCUUCUGGCAUCUGUGUGUGACAGCUGGACCUAGCAGAGACCUUGGAGGGAAGUACUGUGUUUUGCAAGGUGUUAUGAUCUCUGCUUCCUGUCUGUCUCCUUUGGUGGCUGGGGGGAUCCAGGCCUCUGUGGGUUCUGCAGCUGUACCUGGCCACUGAAGCGUAUUGAGCUUUCUAUAGAAUGUGUAGGGAGCUCUGAAUUCCCAUGAAAACCUGCACUAUUGAUACCAAGAGAGAAAGAAAAACACAAGGCACUUCAGAAUGGAUUCAGGGAUUCUGCACUGACUUUAAAAAAUGGCUUGUGGCCAAUUUGAUCCUGAGAGGUUGUGGUUUUAAUUUGAAAGAAUUCAUAGGCUGUAAAAUUAAUAAGGAACAAAAAGUGACACACGAGGAUUUAAAGGUUAGGGUUUUUCCAUAGGUCUGAAUUAUCUUCACGGGUAAAAUGUUUUUAUAGAAAUCUCAAAGAACUUUUUAAGAGACAUAUUUCUAAAAUGAAGACGUGACUAUUUUUUCUGUAAAGUAUACUAUGAAUAUUCUGUUAGUCUGUAUUUAAUAUAAUUGUUUUAAAAUAAACUUAUUUAAAUGUGACAUAUGAAUACCAAACUCCACAGUAAUUCUAGUGUAUACUUCUAUAUGCAAAGAGAAGGUAAAAAUAUGGGAUGAUUUCCAUAUGUGUAUAGUUCCAUGUGCAUGCACAUGGAACUAUUCUAGAUAUUAGAAAGAAACUUGUGGAGUGAAGGAAGUAUUUCCAGAAGGGAUUGUUUCAUUAUAUGAAGUAGGUACAAAUGCCAUGAAAAUCUUAUAAAAUUUGUCUAUUAUUUUAAUGGUAUUUCUGAUGUACCCAUCACUGAAUUAUGCCACUGGAAAAAUUAACAGUUGCACUGAAGCUCUCGGUAAAGCAUUCGUUUUUCAUCCGUCCUUAGCUUCAGUUAGUGCAACAAGGCUUAUGUUUUGUCUGUUUCCUUCAAAUAUCCUCAUGUUAGUAUAAAAUGUUUAUGGACAAAAAAUUGCCAUUGCAGUACCAGCCUUUCUCUUUGCUGACUUAUUUUUAAAAGCUAUGUCUAUUCUGUGUUGUAUGAAUAUAUGCUAUCAAAGCACACAUUCGCUAUGAGGAGCUUACGUUUAAAAUAGUGCAAAUGAGGGGAUUGUGUACUUGUCUGUUGAGACCUGUGUGCUCCGUUUAUACUACACAUAAUGGUUUCUUCCUUUGACUUUGGUAGAAAUUAUUUGCCUGUAUUAAAGCAUAGAGUGAGAACCACAGUUUAAAUUUCCAAACCUGCCAUGGCAUUAUAUGUCCUUUUGGUUGGAGAAUGGGUGUUUUGGUUUUAUUCUAAUAGGUGAUGCUUUCAUAUAAAGAAGUCUUUGGCAGUUUUGCUUCUGUUUUGUUUUGGCUGAUGGUUUAUUGAACUUCAUGAAAUAAAUUGUGUGACAAUGAAAUCUGGAUAAGGAAAGGAGGCCUGUGAAAUGUACCAGCUCUCUGGAGAGUAAUGCCAUACUUUGUAUAUGUAUUUAUUUAUAUAUUUUAUAUAAAUAUCCUAUAUAUUUAUAUAAAUAUAUAAUAUAUUCUUAUAUGUGUCGCUAUAAAUGUUUGAUGUCAGCAUAAUUAAAAAAAACAAACAACAAACAAUAAUAAAGAAACCCCCCAUGUCAUCAUUGUAAUUUCCUUUUGGGUUGGGAAUUUGAUGGAGAAUGAUAGCAGUACUCAUGGGCCUUUCCAACUAUUGUUGCCAGUGGUUGUGCUGGUGGAUGGGAGACAAUGAGGUCAAAGAGCCUGUUCCUCUCCCACCCUGUGAGUUACAGCCAUCCUUGUUUCCUACCAGCUCCGAAAAAUGUCUUGAAAGUCUGAUGUGGAAAGAUUUGGGUACAGAGAUUGCAGGGUCAAGAUGGCAAUCACUUUAAAUCAGAUGUUUAGAAUUGUACUCUGAAAUGUAUUAGCUGAGCUCCCCUGUUUGAAUUCCUAAUUGAUAUCUGAUGAAAUGAGUUCUCAUUGUUAAAACUUUAAAUUUAAAACCUAACUAAGAAAUUCAGGGAGUGUGAAGUUAUACUUAGUCCAGACUUAUACAGGCUUCUUGGCGGAUGGUCACAUUGAGCUUUGUGAGUUGAAGAUUAAUUGCAAUAGUUUUACUGCUACUGUGAAUAUAAUGCCUGCAAAGAUUUGCUGGCUAGAAAAUAAAUAAAUGAUGAGCUUUUUUAAUUUUUUCCUUUUUCUUUUGGAGUUGUAAGCUGGUUUAUUUCAAAUGCAUACACACGGAGAGUAAAAUUAGAUUUAGCAAUGUUUGGUCAUGUAAUAUAUAAUAAGUGUUGGAUUCAUAAAAGUGAGUUAUUAAUAUUUCCAUUUUUUUUCCCCAUCUCUAUCUUAUGAACCCUCAGAGAGAGGAAAACGACCACUCAUCAAAAAAAAAGUGGACAUCUGCCUUUUGAACCACAUUUUGUAAAAUGAAGAUAUGUUUUAAUAGCCUGUGACAACUUUUCUGUGUGGUGUUUUUCAUUAAGAUUUCAGCUCUUUCUGUUUUGCCCCACAAUUAAAAAUAAAGAGAUGUUGGCUGGUAUGGGUCCUUAAUCAGUACAAACUUUCUUAGCCAUGGAAAAGUAAAAAAGGUUGUUGAGUUGUACAAACCAGUUUGGCUAUGUUGUUUCCAAUAAAUAUCUUUAAAACAAA